ACGACGUCUUGUGGUAGACACGCGGUCAACCGCGCUGCUUCUUCCGUCUCUCGCGCGGCGGAAAGUCCUGGCGCCUGCGUAAUGUCAACCAUGCAUGCAGACCGAAGUAUAUAGGAGCGUGGCUGCCCACCGCGAGCGUCACAUUGCAUUCCCGACGUACGUCCAUCAAGCUUUGCCGAAGUUUGGAAUACUUGAGUGGCGGUCGGUGCACCCCCAGCUUCGGGCCAAAACAUCGGCGCCUUCUCGAAGACACCGAGCAUCGUGUUUGAUACCGAGGAUCGAUUCAGAUCGAGCACUUUCGGAAGCGGUAUCUUCGUCAAGGAACUGGCGGAGACCGGAUAUCCGAGCGAUUUUUUUUCCGGAACCAUCUUUCGCAUGUCGUAAAUCGAGGAUUUAUCGGCGCGAUAAGAACGUACGUCCGGCGACAGGAUUCAGGAUCACGCGCGAUUAAUAUGGGCAUCAGUUUUAUUCCGUUGAUCGUGGUAGCUAUGGUACCGAUCAUCACCGGUAAUUUUGCACAACGUGUCGUCGGGAAGAGGAGCUCCGAUAUUGCUAAUGUCGAUUAUUCCGAUUACUCACAAUCAGCCAAAUACGACGAUUAUCCGGUAAUAGUGCCAAAGAGGGCGGCUCUAUUAUUUGAUCAACUUAUGGUAGCUCUACAGAAAGUCGUCGAUAAUCACGGAAAAGGUGUGGUUGGAAGUAGAGACAUAAGCAAGUCAUCAGCUCCACGUUUUAUAGCCAACUCGGAAAUUUCUGAAACGGAUGACCAAACGAUGGAUUUGCAACGACGCGGACAAGCCAAAGGUCAAACCAAAGGUCAAGUUGCUUUUUGGCGUUGUUACUUCAAUGCUGUUACGUGCUUUAAGAGGAAGUGAUAAUGACCACGCCGCCGUCAAUUCUCCUCAAUUUCGAAGACCGAAAGAGAGUGCGCCGUUUCGUAUCAUUUUCUCGACUUAGCUGCAACA